AUGCCUCCCAAGAAGGAAGUCAAGGUCGAGAAGAUCCUGUUGGGUCGCCCGGGCAAUAACUUGAAGAGCGGGAUCGUCGGUCUGGCCAAUGUCGGUAAAUCGACAUUCUUCCAAACCAUCACCAAAUGUUCUCUGGGUAACCCAGCCAACUUUCCUUAUGCCACAAUUGACCCCGAGGAGUCGCGGGUCAUUGUUCCCGAUGAACGCUACGAUGAGUUGUGCAAGAUUUACAAUCCCAAAUCGAGAGUACCGGCACACAUGACCAUCUACGAUAUUGCCGGUCUCACGCGAGGUGCAUCGACUGGUGCUGGUCUCGGCAAUGCCUUCUUGUCACACAUUCGCGCGGUUGAUGCCAUCUACCAGGUUGUUCGAUGCUUUGAUGAUGCCGAGAUCAUCCACGUCGAAGGAGACGUCGACCCGGUUAGAGAUCUUGACAUCAUCAGCGAUGAGCUCCGAAUUAAGGAUAUCGAAUUCGUUGAGAAGGCCCACGAGAACUUGGUGAAGCAGACUCGAAGAGGUGGCCAGUCAUUGGAGAUGAAGAAGCUGAAGGAAGAGCAAGCCACUGUUGAGAAGAUCCUGGAACACCUCAAAGCUGGCAAGGACGUUCGAAAGGGCGACUGGUCGCCAAAAGAGCUCGUCGAACACCUCAUUUUAUACAACGCUAGAGGUGUACUGAGAGAACGUCUAACUCUGAAACACAACCAUACCAUAUCCUCAUCCGAUGCCAUUAUUCGCGAACGAUCGCUUGCUAACACCAACGGUCAGGUCGAGGUUAUCAAUCCUCUUUUCCUUCUUUCCGCCAAACCUGUUGUCUUCCUUGUCAACCUCAGCGAAAAGGACUACAUUCGACAGAAGAACAAGUAUCUGCCCAAGGUUGCCGAAUGGGUCAAGGAGCACGCACCUGGUGACCCGAUUCUUCCCAUCUCUGUCGCCUUUGAAUCGCGCCUUACCACCUUCGAGACUGAUGCUGAGGCUGAGGAAGAAUGCAAGAAGCUUGGCACCAAGUCUGCUCUCCCCAAAAUCAUUGUGACUAUGCGCAAAGCCCUCAACCUAGGCUCCUUCUUCACAACCGGUACCGAUGAAGUCCGUCAAUGGACUCUAAGGAAUGGCACCAAAGCGCCCCAAGCCGCCGGUGUCAUUCACGGUGAUUUUGAGAAGACCUUCAUUCAGGCUGUGGUUUACAACUACGCGACGCUCAAGGAGGAAGGCGACGAAGCGACCGUCAAAGCAAAGGGCAAAGUCAUGACCAAGGGUAAGGACUACGUCAUGGAGGAUGGAGAUAUCGUUCUGUUCAAGGCUGGUGCAGCCAAGUCAUGAGGUGUAUGUACUGUACUAUGCCAUCAAAAAUCGAAAUCAAGUGAAAGC